UUUUUCGCUCAUCCCUACCGGCUUCCAGUUAUCGAAUUAUUAAUCGAUUAUUUCUUCAAUAUGCUGCCACUGUCACUUUUAAAAACAGCGCAAAGCCAUCCUAUGUUGGUGGAGCUCAAAAACGGAGAAACUUACAAUGGUCACUUGGUAAGCUGUGACUCCUGGAUGAAUAUAAACCUUCGCGAUGUGAUCUGCACCUCAAAGGAUGGCGAUCGUUUUUGGCGUAUGCCGGAGUGCUAUAUCCGUGGAAGCACCAUUAAAUAUCUGCGAAUUCCCGAUGAAGUGAUUGAUAUGGUAAAGGAAGACGCGCAGGCAAAGUCCAGAAAUCGCACAGAAAUGAACAAAAACCGCGGUGGGAACUCCAAUCAAAAUCAAAGGGGAGGACGUCCCGGCGGCAACCGAAAUAAUGCGGGAAAUCGUCCUGGCCAAGGGUACGGCGGCCCUGGGAACAAUGCGAUGCGCUUAGGAGGAGCCGCCGGUCAAGGGAAUCGCCUGCCCCACGCCCCCAAAAAUAGGAAGUAAUAGUGGAUCAUAGUAAUAAACUCAUUUCAACCUUUCAAGUCAAGUGUUUAUUAUUAAAAAGUUGACAUUAUUAUACAGUCUCGAUAAUUUCAAA